UGCAGGCAUAUAUAGCAGUACUCCUUCGGCCGUCGUCUUCCUCGGGGAGGCCGCCGGGGUCGCCAUUGCUAGCAUAUGGUGUGCUCGGAGAUGCGUAUGGCUUCCACCCAGAGAUAGGAUCUCUUAUAUUAGUGCGGAGCUGCUCCUAUUCUUGACCGGCUUUGCAAGUUCUUUGCAUUGCUUCCUUCGCUGCCUCUCUAGCUUACUUCCUGUUCGUGCUACACCCUCGUAGCUUCGUCUUUGGCCGAUCUAGCUUCAUGCAUGAGUGAAUCUGAUCGGCAGAGAUCAGUAUUACUGAGCUAGAAUCGAGUUGUAUUCUUGGUGCAUCUAGCUAAGCUCCUUAAUCAGCAUAGAGCUUACAGUAUUAGGAAAAAUUACGGCGAUGGCACUACCAGCUUCCCCAGUUCAGGAAGAACUGCAGCCGGAGAGUCAAUUGAGGAACCAUCUUGCUGCAGCCGUGAGGAGCAUCAACUGGACUUAUGCCCUCUUCUGGUCCAUUUCAAGCACUCAGCCAGGAUUCCUAACGUGGACGGAUGGGUUCUACAACGGCGAGGUGAAGACGAGGAAGAUCGUCAACUCUGCGGAGCUGACCGCCGACCAGCUCGUCAUGCAGCGAAGCGAGCAGCUGCGGGAGCUCUACGAGGCCCUCCUCUCCGGCGAGUGCGACCGCCGGGCGGCGCGGCCGGUCGCCUCGCUGUCGCCGGAGGACCUCGGCGACACCGAAUUGUACUACGUGGUCUGCAUGACCUACGCCUUCCGGCCAGGCCAAGGGUUGCCGGGAAGGAGCUUUGCUAGCAACGAACGUGUCUGGAUGUGGAACUCUCACCUCGCCGACAGCAAAGCCUUCCCCCGCGCGCUCCUGGCGAAGAGCACGUCCAUUCAGACAAUCGUCUGCAUCCCGCUCAUGAGCGGCGUGCUUGAGCUGGGGACAACUGAUGCGGUGGUGGAGGAUCCAAGCUUGGUCAGCCGAGCCACUGCAUCUUUCUGCGAGAUGCAGUUUCCGGCAUGCUCGCAGGAGCCGAGCUCCAGCCCGUCAGCAAACGAAACCGGCAAGCCCGCCGACAUUAUCGUGUUCGAGGACCUCGAUCACAUUGCCAUGGAAGCGAUGAUCGCCGGCGGACAGGAGCUAGGCGAAGCGGAGAGCCUGUCAGAUGGAAGCCUCGAGCAAAUCACCAAGGAGAUCGACGAAUUCUACAGCCUCUGCGAGGAAAUGGACGUGCAGCCACUCGAGGAUACCUGGAUCAUGGACGGGUCUUUCGAAGUCCCCUCUUCGCAGCAGCCGGCGCCGGGGCCUGCUACUACUAACGCCGCCGCCACCUCAAGCGCUCUCGUUGACGGCUCUCGCGCGACGAGCUUUACGGCCUGGGCGAGGCCGGAGUCGGACUCCAAUGAAGUGGCUGUGCCGGUCGUCGAAGAGCCACAGAAGCUGCUGAAGAAAGCGGUGGCCGGCGGAGCUUGGGCGGCGAACAAUGGCGGCGGCGGCACGACGAGAAUGGCCCAAGAAAGUGGCGUCAAGAACCACGUCAUGUCGGAGAGGAAGCGCCGGGAGAAGCUCAACGAGAUGUUCCUCGUUCUCAAGUCAUUGGUUCCCUCCAUUCACAAGGUGGACAAAGCAUCGAUCCUUGCCGAAACGAUAGCGUACCUCAAGGAGCUUCAACGAAGGGUACAAGAGCUAGAAUCCAGCAGGGAACCCAUAAUCUCGCGCCCAUCCGAAACAACGAGGGCAACAAGGCGCCAUGACGAUGAGGCCGUCAGGAAGAAAGUCUGUGCCGCGGGCUCCAAGAGGAAGGGCUCGGAGCUCGGCGGUGACGUGGAGAGGGAGCACCACCCACGGGCCCUCUCCAAGGACAGCACCAGCAACGUCACCGUCACCGUCUCGGACAAGGAGGUGCUCGUGGAGGUGCAGUGCCGGUGGGAAGAGCUUCUGAUGACGCGAGUGUUCGACGCCAUCAAGAGCCUGCAACUGGACGUUCUCUCGGUUCAGGCAUCGGCACCGGAUGGGUUCAUGGGGCUGAAGAUACGGGCUCAGUUUGCCGGCUCAGCUGCCGUUGUGCCGUGGAUGAUCAGCGAGGCCCUCCGUAAAGCUAUAGGGAAGCGAUGAGGGGCAGCUCAAGUUCUAUAUCGAUGUACAUAGAAGUUCCAUGAACACGUUCCUUGUGAAUCCUAUUUUUGCAAA